UUCAUAUCGAACAGUCCUGACCUGUUUCUGUCCCCGCUGCCCUUCGUGAUAACUCUCCACCAUGGCCAACGCAACCACCAAUCUUUUAGCUGUGGAAGUGAAGAGAACUGAAAAGGUAGCCUUAACGCAAGUUCUUCGAGAUUACAUUUCCAACGCCUAUGCAGAGCAUCCAGAUCUCUACACUGAUGACUUUCGAGUUCUUGAUGAAUUGCGAAUGGACUGCAUUCACCUUGGAGCACAGCAUAAUGCUCUGAACAGGCUGAUCAAAUAUCACGGUCAACUCGUCUUCAUCGGCUCAAAGUUUCCUAUUGACGUUGGUGCCGAAUUUCCUUGGUACCCAGCAUUCUCCGCCAACGGUGGCAAACCAGUUGCGUACAGGAAUCUAAACUAUGAAAAAGCCUGUGUACUAUACUCUAUUGCCGCUAUGCAAAGUCAGCUUGGUAUAUCGGAAAACAGAGCAACUGCAGAUGGUGUUAGAAAGGCGUGCAUGUAUUUUCAGAAUGCCGCCGGCGCCUUUAAGCAUCUACAAGAUGUCGUGAUACCAGAAAUACGGACAGCUCCUACUAAAGACAUGACAACAUCAGCUCUCAACACCUUGGUUAGUUUGAUGUUGGCGCAGGCUCAGGAAUGUGUGUGGCAGAAAGCAGCUAUUGAUCAUCUCCGAGAUGGAACAAUCGCUCGGCUAGCUAUUCAAGUCGCUGAGUAUUAUGACUCAGCUUAUGAUCUGGCAACGAACUCGUCUAUCUCAGGAUUAUAUCCGCAAAGCUGGCUAUCACAUAUGCAAAUCAAAACGCUUCACUUUAAAGCCGCUGCACAAUUCCGUAAGGCGACGGAAUGCAUUUCCCAAAAUAAGUAUGGCGAGGAAAUUGCUCGACUUCAACUUGCAGAGUCUUAUGUAAAGAAGGGAUUGGACAUGUCAGGAUCAUUUCUAUCUCGAGGAUCCGGCGUCAAUGAGAUGGUUAUAAACGACUUGAAAUCACUACAGCAAAUAAUACAAAGUAAUCUUGCCAGAGCUCAAAGAGACAACGAUGUUAUCUACUUAGAACCAGUGCCAAGCUCGUCAGCUCUGCCUCCAAUCGUAAAGUCUGGGAUGGUAAAGCCUAUGCCAACCACCGAAAUAACUGAUCCUGUUCAGCUUAUGAUGGACAAUGAGAGGAGUCAUGGGAAAAUGCCCCACCCUCUGCUUGGUCUUCCACUUUUUCAAAAACUGGUUCCAUUUGCUGUACACCAAGCUGCAAGUGUCUACUUUGAUCGGAAAGAAAGGGUCCUUAAGGUUGAUAUUAUCGGCAAACUGGAUGAACUCACUGGGGUAUACCAAAGUACUUUGAGAUCUUUAAAUCUGCCAACAGCAUUACAAGCCCUGGAACAGCCAAUUGGUCCCCCACCUUCUCUCAUCAAGCGUGCGGAUGAAAUCAAGAGUAAAGGAGGAUCUGCAUUAUUGUACGAUAUGAUAGAAAAAGUGCGACAAUCUUCUCUAAAGAAUUCCGAAUUGUUGGAUCAAGCUCUCAAUGCUGUGGACGAAGAGCUGGAGGAAGAUGAUGCAAUGAGAAAACAAUACGGUGACAAAUGGCCUCUUCAAAAAUCGUCAGAGUUAACUGGCCAGCUGAUUGCACAAGGUAAAAAGCAUCGAGAAACCAUAUUAUCAGCACAAAAAGCGGACCAAACAGUCCAUCAAAAGCUCGAUACCUGGGUUAAGAUCAUCGAUAUUCUUAACUUACCCACUGAUGAAAUUGAGCGGUCCAUUCCGUCCGUUCAUGUUACGAGAGGAUAUUCAGCUCACGAUGAGGAUGAUGAUCUUGCUAGACAGAAUAAUGCUGCACGUCACCUUAGGGCUCUUCUCGAACAAGCUGACGGACACGUAAGAGAGCGCAAAGAUAUUAUUGAACGUGCCCAAAGAACUUCUAUGGCAGAUGAUAUUUCACCUGCGUUGCUUAACAAGGCCGCUCAGCUCACCGCAAACUCACCAAUAGCCAAAAUCGAACCAGCUCAAUUUGAAGAUCUAUUUGCAGAACAGUUGAGACAGUAUGACGAAUAUUUGAAAGAUGUGGACAAGCAAGAAGAAGAACAGGACCUGUUGAUGAAAAAAAUUGCGACCGCAAACGAGGACUUUUUGGAGGCAAGGCGAUUUAACCCAGCUAUCGCAAAACGAGAGAAAGCUUUGCAAAACUUGGAGCAAGCCUAUGAUAAGUUUCAAGAAAUCUAUACUAAUUUGAAGGAAGGCAUGAAGUUUUAUACAGAUCAUGGGCAAAGUCUAAGUACAUUCAGGAAAAAAUGCCUCGAUUAUCAACAACAUCGGCGAAAUGAAGCACGAGAAGCUUUAAAGACAUUGGGUGUCAAUCCACUUUCACUAGCAUCCUUAAAUUUGAACCCACAAGACAAUGCCCAGCCUCAAGCUGGUGGCGCUUGGCAGCCGAAAUUUGGUAUUAGAUUUAGCGGACAGAAACCAUAGUCUGAGGAGAAAUACCGUUGUGGACUUCUAUUUCAUGUUAUGAUGUGUAUAUACAAUCUUAUUAAAGUUGUUUAUCUUUAAAAAAUGUUGAUAUUGGCGAGCUCUCCUUGGAUUACUGUGCCCAUGCUUCGUACGCCUCGUAAUAAGC